CAAUAAGAACAGCGGAAUAUCUGAUUGAUAGGCGCAUUCCGAUCCGCUUCAUACCUUCCUCUGCCAUGCCAACUGCCUUGCCCCUUGGACCCUGAAAUUCCGCUCAUCAGCGAUCCAAAUCACUGACAUCUCUCCUCGACAUCGGAUGUUAGGUGUUUCAAGCAUCGCUGACCACCGCACUAUCUAAUCGGCUCCCUCUUUCAUCGACUUUGAAUACUAUCUCAUCCGGUGCUGUCUCGAUCCAACAUGUCAUCCCCUCGCCCAAAUGACAAAUCACUACUGGACCGUCUGAACGCUCUCAAAACGUCAAGUGUUACACUUGAUCACACCCCGAACACCGCUUCCUUUCCCACCACUGUGCCGCCCCAGAACCAGCCACUAUCCAGAGAAGAUGCCCUCGCUGAGCGCCUCCGACAGCUCCGGCAGGGUAAUCCCGGGCCCAAUAUGUCCCGUCCCGAGGACCAGAAUCCUAAAGACGGCCCUGUAUUAGGCUCUUCGGGCAAUGCUAGUGGGGACAAACCACCAACACCGUUGGAGCAAGCACAUUCGGCACAGCCCCCGGCCACACCACGGAUCAGCAGCGACCGAGACCCGAAAGAGCAGCUCGUAAAGAGUCUGCCAUCUACACCUUCUUCACUGCCUUCGCGCACAGCAAUUCCCAAUUCGGAAAAUGCUGGCAUAUCUCGGGCAAAACCCUCUUACUUUGUUGGAGGAGGACCCGAAGAUGUCGAUGAUGAUGCUGUUCAGGCUCUGUUAGAAGAUCUCGGUGGGGGGGAGGACUUUAACCUCACCGACGGCCCCCUUGAGACGGGUACUGAUACGAAAACCGAAGACCAGAGAGUCUCCGAAUUGUUGGAUGAGCUCGCAAAGGCGGUGCCGCCGAGCUCUGGCAACGAGAAAGAUGAUGAUGAUGAUGAAGACGACAACUCUGACGGCGAGCAAAUGACCGCCGCCGUUGAUAAGAUACUGUUUCAAACCCAAGAUGAACUAACCCUCUCACCCAACCCAACGGAACCGGAAGACAGCGGGAACACCCAACCCAACAACACCGACAACACCCUCAACCUCCCAACCGUCCCCACAGCCCUCCAAGACCCAGCCCCGGACCCCUUUGAAGAUGAAAUCUCCUCGCGCCUUGCCGCCCUCAGAGGAAUAGGACCAGUAGACCCCUUCGGCCUACCCGCCGCCCCGACUUUCUCACCAGAGGAGCGGGAGCGGUCAACUCCCACCAAGAAACCGCCCCUGGGUGGCAGGGAGGAAAAGUACAGCGACGAAGACGCCAAGACUUGGUGUGUGGUUUGUCUUGAUGACGGGACGAUCAAGUGUGUAGGGUGUGAUGAUGAUUUGUACUGUGAUCGGUGCUGGAGGGAGAUGCAUGUGGGACCAAGGGCGGGAUAUGACGAGAGGGGGCAUCAGUGGGUGAAGUGGAAGAAGGGGGGGAGGGGAGGUGGGGUUGAGUGAGUUGGUAUUAGGGUUAGAUGUUGUUUGAUACAGCGGGUUUAGAACUUGGGUUUUGUGUUUGAUAAGAGUUUCAAUUAGACAACACACAUAGCAUCUCACACAGCAAAUCUCACAAGUGACUUCUUUCAGUUACUGUUUCUACUGUUACUAGUUGCACCGUCUGAAAUGUGAGGUAUCGGAACGUUUUCAAUGCCCACCAAUUAAACAUGAAAGGAAAUUACCGUUGAAAAGGGCCAGCC